CAGGGUGGAGCAGGAGGCGGGAUGCGCCAAUGGAAAAGACGCACCGCUCGUCUAUUGGACCGGACGCGCAGUGGGCGCAUGCAAGACGCGCCUACCGAAGCUUAAAGAUUUUUUUUUUCCGGGACAGGAGACAUGAGGUUCCCAGACACCUGUCAGGAGGACUAUACAUCCAAAAGCUGUAUUUGAGGCGACUGGAGGCUGCGUGUUUGGCCAUGGACGCGCUGUUAUCGUUAUUAUAGCCUCUCGGUGUCCAAGAAGCGUAAAGUUAUUCAGCUGCUUUUCUUGUUUUCCUUUGUGUUAUUCUUCCUGUUUUGUUGUUUUUUUCAUAAAUAUUUUUUUCAAGCCGCAUGAGUUCGCCGCUGUUUUUAGGCCAGCUGGUCGGGGUUCCGUUAGAAAUAAUGCACCCCACCAUGGAGAAAGACACGACUUACACCAAGAUUUUUGUCGGCGGGUUGCCGUAUCACACCAACGACGCUUCACUUCGGAAAUAUUUCGAGACUUUCGGGGACAUCGACGAGGCGGUGGUAAUCACAGACAAACAGACGGGCAAGUCCAGAGGAUACGGCUUUGUGACCAUGGUGGACAGAGGGGCAGCAGAGCGGGCGUGCAAAGACGCAAACCCCAUCAUCGACGGCAGGAAGGCAAACGUGAACCUGGCGUACCUCGGGGCAAAGCCUCGCAGCUCGCAGACAAGUCUCUCAGUUGGAGUUCAGCAAGUCCAUCCUACGUGGGCUCAGAGGCAAUAUGGGUAAGACAGAGAAGAAUCAAUACCUC